UUUACAACAAUACUUGAGUCAUACCAGCCCUUGGUUUCCAUCCAGUUGAAUAGUUUACCUUGUGGUGCCAGUGAAAACUUUUUUUGACACGGUAAGCAGCUUAGCUUAGUAUCCACCUUUCAACAGACUUCAACAUCUCUGACCGCUUCGACUGUGCCGCACAACUGACAGACGCGCCCACGAAACUCGCAAUCGCUACGGGUUGUUCUCGGAGCUCGAUUGAGACUUCCUGUUAGGGAGCGCACAAGCUCACAGCGCGCAGCCGUGUUACGGGUCUUCUGGCAUUUACUGAAACCGAGCGCUCCGAGAGUAGAGAGAGAGAACGAGAGGAGGGGGGAAAGUCAGCAAGCGACUAAGAGGGAGGGGGGGAGAUCAAGUGUGUGACUAAGAGAGAGAGAGAGAGGAAGGAGAGGCCACACAGAUAUAACAACUGCAAGAAAAAGUGUAUGCAACCGUCCUGAAGAACACACAAUUAAGAAGGCACCAUGGCUUCAGAGGAGCUCUACGAGGUAGAAAGAAUAAUAGACAAGCGGAAAAAUAAAAAAGGGAGGAUAGAGUACCUGGUGCGAUGGAAAGGCUAUGACAGUGAGGACGACACGUGGGAGCCAGAGCAGCACUUAGGCAACUGUGUGGAAUAUAUUCAUGAGUUCAACAGGCUUCACUCAGAGAAGCAGAAAGAUAUGCCUUUAAUGCGAUCCACUCGAAACUCUCCUAAUAAUGCAAGAAAACAGAUUUGUAGGCCUUCCAACAGUUCUUUAACAAAGACCUCUCCAAAGGCAAUGGUAAUGAGUAAAGAGGGUGACCUAAAAAAUAAUAACCAAGUGUUAACCAGUAGCCAGAAGUAUCGCCGGACUACAGCACAGUCUGUUGCUGGAAGGAAAAGCAUGGAUCUUGCCAAAUCAGGAAUCAAAAUCCUUGUUCCUAAAAGUCCCAUGAAAAAUAGGAUUGUUGUGGAUGGUUUCCAGAAUGAUAGACCAGACAACCUUGACCAAAUAGAACAGGAUCAGGACUCUGUUCCUCGUGAAAUCAACAUUGAAAGACCUGUAUGUGCUUUGUUGGGACCUGGUGCAGAAAGGGCACGUAUGGGGACCAGACCAAGGACACAGCCUUUAGUGCCCCAGGUACCAGUUGCAGCUGCAACUGCUUCAGCCUUAACAGUCAAUGGAAAAGGUACAUCUUUGUUUAUGGAUGUCUUACCAGAGAAUGGUACAGCCAGCAUCCAGACUUCGGUGACAGGAGCUGCAGUGGGAAAGCGACGAUUUGAGGAAAGACAAGCUUUUGACAAAAGACUCAGGUUUAGUGUCCGUCAAACUGAAAGUGCCUAUCGUUAUAGAGACAUUGUUGUCAAGAAACAAGAAGGCUUUACGCACAUUUUACUCUCCACAAAAUCUUCAGAAAAUAACUCCUUAAAUCCAGAUGUAAUGAAGGAAGUCCAGAGUGCACUAAACACUGCAGCUGCUGAUGACAGCAAACUAGUAUUACUAAGCGCUGUGGGCAGUGUCUUUUGCUGUGGUCUUGAUUUUAUUUAUUUUAUUCGUCGAUUGACUGAUGAUCGGAAGAGAGAAAGCACUAAAAUGGCAGAAACAAUAAGAAACUUUGUAAAUACUUUCAUCCAGUUCAAGAAACCAAUAAUAGUGGCUGUGAAUGGUCCUGCAGUUGGUCUAGGAGCAUCUAUACUGCCUCUGUGUGAUGUUGUUUGGGCAAAUGAAAAGGCCUGGUUUCAGACACCAUACACUACAUUUGGACAAACUCCAGAUGGGUGUUCAUCUCUCACAUUCCCAAGGAUAAUGGGGAUUGCGUCGGCUAAUGAAAUGCUCUUCAGUGGGAGGAAAUUGACAGCGCAGGAGGCGUGUGCGAAAGGACUGAUUUCUCAAGUGUUUUGGCCAGGGACGUUUACUCAAGAGGUGAUGGUGCGCAUUAGGGAGCUAGUCUCUUGUAAUUCAGUUGUACUACGUGAAUCAAAAUCUCUAGUGAGAAAUGCCAUGAAGGGAGCACUUGAACAGGCCAAUGAAAAGGAAUGUGAAGUUCUAAAGAGAGUUUGGGGUUCUGCCCAGGGAAUGGACUCCAUACUGAAAUAUUUGCAGAAGAAGAUUGAUGAGUUUUAAGUGAAGACUACAGUGACACUGGAAUGGCCUUGCUCACCAGAAUGCCAGUAUAGCUUACAGAUGCCCUUAGCUAUUGACUACAUGUGGAGGGCAUUUCUGAGUAAGCUUAGGAAUUCAACCAUACCAUUUUGGUAACUUAUACUGUGCAUUGUGGUUUUGUGCAGUGAGGAAUUGUACUGUACUACAUUAUAUGGAAAAAGGGAGAGACAGAGGGUCAGACAGAUAUGUAUUUUCUCUUUGGUUGUCUAGAAUAAUGUAUAUUUUUUAUUAGAUCCAAAAGCAAAACUUGCUUACAGUUGCAAAAUAGAUGAAAUGAUUAAAUGAAACGGGUAACAACCAGUCCUAUUCCUGCUCAGUUACUGAUAUGGUUGGAAUUUAGCUGCUGGCAUUUUUGCUUUGAAAAGGUAAAGAUGCAACAAUUUAUGAAAUGUAUUUUAAGUCCAUUUGUUGGAUAACUGUUUUGUUACAUCAACUAUUUGCAAAUAUGAACAUAUACAGUAUGAGUCAUAUGCUAAUUAUGUGACGUUCUGGCAAGGUUCAACAACAGCUGUAUCCAACAAGUAUGAAGGCCUAUGUGGCAGUAUUAGAUACAUGGGGUUGACUCUGCAUAACUAAAUUAUAUCUAGUUUUAGAUUUCUGUUUGUCUAAUUUUAUCUAUUGCAUUAUUUUUGCUGAUGGGUGAAAAAUGAAACAUGAAAACAAUAUACAAAAAUGUAUUGAGGUUGAAUGGUAUGUUACACCAAAAUACUUUGUUUAUAACUGUCAGAUUUUUUUUAGUUUCACUAGAGUAUAUUUUUAAUUUAAUAACUUAAAAAAUAUUGCCACACUAUUCAAAGUCUCUUUCCAAAAAAAAAAAAAAAAACUACCCUAUUCUGCUGAAAAGAUUAUGCUGGUUUUACUUUCUAUAUAACACAUAAUUCAUUCAUAUGGUGUCAAGACCCCCACCCCCUUGUAUAUAAAACUACUUAGCAUUCCUGUCAGGAGUGGGUACUGAUUCUUGACCACAGGUUGGAAAACACCUGGGCAUCUGCUUUGUUAUCUUCCUUGAAUGUAUGAGAAGGGGUAAAAUGAAACUGAACUUUAUUUUUGUACAGUUUUGGCAUUUAUAUGCAGUCGAUUUGCCUCCUCCUUCUCCCAUCUGAGAACUGUAUAGUCUGUAACUCUGCCUUCACUCUGAACUCUUGGUACAGUAUUUUUGCAUCUGUGGGACCUAUUUUUUGUUGAGUAGUUUGAAAUAUAUAUAUAAACUGUACAAUCUGUAUAGUUUUAUAGAUUACUAAAAUAUUGAGCUGUGAAAAACUGGUUAAAAUAAAAUUAAUAUUUCAUACACUAUUCAGAAGUGCAUUUCUAACAGUUGGAGUUUAAGUCUGUUUGUGCCAUUCAGCUUUUGAAGUGUUUCCCUUGAGACAGUUGAAAUGUUCAGCUCUUGUGCCUACAACAUAAACCAAAGAAAGGUAAGUCAGUAUUUUUACUACCUAGU